AUGGGAGGAAAAGAAUCAAAAUUAGAGAAAAAUAAUGAUUAAGAAAAAAUAAAUUAGAUGUAUACUUAAGCAAUUGAGAAGGAGAAGGGGAAGGAAGAAGUUUAAAAUUCUUAGUUAAAACCAAUUGAAAAGGUUUCUAAUCCAUUUCCAGAAAUACCGAAUUAUAUGGAUUUAUUAAAUUAAGUGUUACCUGAGAAUAAAUAUCCAAAGGUACCAAAUUAUUUAACACAUGAAUUAAUAACAGAUUUAUAAAUGUUGAAGCAUAUAUUAACAACAGCAUCGACUUGUUAAUAGAAACCAAGUAAAUUAAAUAUGGAUCAACCUCUAAAUUCUUCAAAAUUAAUAGAAGUAAAUUAACAUUAGAAUAAAUUAUAAUAAUUUUAGUCUUCAUUACUUUUUGAGGUUCAAAAAGGAUAGUUAUCAUAAGUGAUAGGGAAUGAUUAAGAAGAGUUAAUGAAGAUUAAAUAAAGUUAGGUAAUAGAGAGUUUGAAAUUGAUAACUAAAUAUGCAUAUUUUUGUUAAGGUUUAUUGGAGAGAAUAUCUGAGACAUCAAAAGAGUUUUUAGUUUCACUCAAUAAUCUUAUUUUGAGUACAAAUAUGAAUUCUAUCUUGUUUUAAUAUAUAGGAUAUUAUGAUGAGGAGAAUAAAAUGAUUAGAGAAAAUACAUAAUCAUUAUUUAAAUAAUUUUAAGAGUCUUAAUAAUUUCAUUAAGUGAUAAUGAAGUAUUUAGAUAUAGUAAAAGAGUAAUUAAAGAAUGUAGUACCUAUAUUAUAGGAUAUUAAUGAUUGUUCAAAUAUAUUUUAAUUUGAGGAGGAAGAAGAAGAAUCAUUUAUUUAAAUUUAUUAGAAAAUUUAAUCUGAACCAUAAAAAUAGGAAUUUUCAAUAUAAUAAUUAAUUGAUCAAAAGUAUUUAUUUAAAUUUUAUGAUAGAAAAUUUUAAUAAAAGGGGAUUGAAAAAGGUGAGUAAAUAUUAGAAGAUUAGAAAUAUGAGAAUUUUGUAUAAACAAAAUUAGAUGAUAGUGAAGGUUCAAAAUAGUUUACUAUAUUAUUAAGAUAAUUCAUAGAGAUAUUGGAAAAGAAAAUAUAGAAUUGGGAAAGUUCUUUAAGAGAAAUACUUAUAGGAACAUCUGAGAAAGAUAAAAUAAGAUUACUUUUAUGUGAAUUUAACAAAUUGUAAAUACAAUCUUCAUUGAAUUUGGUUCAUUUUUGUAUUAAUGAAUUGCAAAAUAAGAUGGUUUAAGAUGAUUCAGUUGCUCAGUUAUAGAAAGUUAUUCAAAGAAUAGAUAAAAUAUGA